AUGGGUGCGCAAAGCGAUGAGAACGAUCAAACAAGUGGAGAUAAUGAUGCAUCUCAACAGGACAGUGCCAGUAUUGCAGAUGUGUCAGUGGAGGUGGCCACUGUGGACCACAUGCUGCAAAAGCUGCGCAGGAAGUACAGGAAGACCAGACGGAAGCCCAAGGGACUUAAGAGGCUAUGGCUUCGUCUGCUGAACAUCCCGCACAUAGCUGUAAUCACCACAGCGGUGGUGUUUGUGGUGGUGGUGAUCAUAUGGUCGCUGCUGUGGGUCUUUAUUUUUCGCAGGGAAAGUAACAGUGGAGAAUAUUUUGCCGGGAUGUUCCGUGUUGCCAAUGUGGAGUUUAUCCCAGAGUAUCGGCAAGCAGACUCUCACGAGUUUGUGUCCAUGGCAAAUAAAAUACAGCACGUGGUGAGCAGUGUGUACAAGAGGUCCUCAGUGGCGAAACUCUACAAGCAAGCUGUCAUUUCAGACCUCAGUAACAACAAUAAAGGUGGCGUGUUGGUACAUUUCUUGAUGGCUUUUGAAGUCCCUCGGCUGAAGAGCUCAGUAAUGUGUGAGGAGUGCAUAGCGGCCAUUUUCAGAGAUUCAGUCGACACCAGCCUUAAGAACAGGUCCUCUGUAGGCUACCUGCUGGGUCUCCCAGUUGACAUAGACUCCAUCCUCAUCAAUGCUGUUCAGCGUUUGGAUUACUCAUCCAACACAGUAGAUUCACAGUGUGUGGAUAAGAUGUAUGCCAACCUUCCUGGGGUGACGGUCCCUUUAAACAUCUUCUCAUCAUGGGGCAGUAUAAAUUGCCAUGUAAAGCUCACUGCAGUCCCCGGCUCUCUGAUCCGCCUUACCAUCACCUCAUUUGUUAUUGAGCCCAGUGACUGCGUGAACGAUGCCCUCGCUGUGUAUGAUGCUCUGCUGCCCAUGAGAGGGCGCAUUCUGCACAGGCUGUGUGAGCCGGUGUCCAGCUCCUUCUCCAUCAUCUCUACCUCCAAUUUCAUGUUGCUGUCCUUCACUAUGACUAAUGGGAAUAAAAAUUUCAGAGGACACUUUGAGGCAAUCGCUGAGGAAAUUUGUAUGUCUCAAAUUGAGACCCAGUUAGAGCCUGACAUCACAGGUCAAAUCUACAGCCCCUUCUACCCCAGCCUGCUGCCCCCACAGUGCUCCUGUACCUGGAAGUUUAAGACCCAUAACUCCACCUUAGGAGUUGCACUGCACUUCCACAACUAUCUACUGAAACCGAAAGACAUGAAUAGCUGUGACCAAGGCUGGUGGAAGGUCAAUGAAGUCAUUUUCUGUGGAAGCUACGUGGGACACCACACGGUUUUUCGGAUCGCUGACUACAGUCCAGAGGUGGAGUUUCGCUGCAGCUCACGUACCUCUGCUCAGCCUUUUCAGGCGUCUUAUAGCAGCUACAUUAUCAGCCAACCCUGUCCAAAGAGCCACUUCUUGUGUAACACGGGAUUGUGUGUGGAGAAGAGUCAACUCUGUGAUGGCCUGGAUGACUGCCAGGACGAGAGUGACGAGAUCUUCUGCUCAAGGCCCACGAUGAGCUGUGGUGCCAGUAGUCCCCUGCAUCCUCUGCUUGUAUGCAAUGGUGAGACAGAUUGCACCAAUGGAGUCGAUGAACUCAACUGCACUCAGGAAACGGCCUGCUCUGCAAUCAGAUAUCAGUGCAAAAGUGGCUCCUGCAUCCUGAAAAAGAACGCAAAGUGUGACGGAGUUUGGGACUGUCGGGACCGCAGUGAUGAGGCUGACUGUGCUUGUGGUCAUCCAUCCCCAUUGCCCAGGGUGGGUUCAUCUACAGGGUUUGAGCGUAUUGUGGGCGGAGUUAACUCUGUGGAGGGGGAGUGGCCUUGGCAGGUCAGCCUUCACUUCACUGGUAGCCUGUACUGUGGCGCUUCUGUCCUCUCCUCUGAUUGGCUCAUCUCAGCUGCUCACUGCUUCAGCAAACAGAGGCUCUCUGAUCCACGUUACUGGAGCGCCCACCUUGGCAUGCUGACACAAGGCAGUGUCAAAUAUGUGGCGGAGAUACAGCGGAUCGUGGUGCAUGAGUAUUAUAGUGCACAAACCUUUGACUAUGACAUCGCCCUGCUGCAGCUAAAGAAGCCUUGGCCUCCCUCCCUCAGCCCACUUGUCCAGCCUGUGUGCCUACCACCCACCUCCCACACUGUCACUGACAGCCACCGCUGCGUGGUCACAGGGUGGGGAUACCGAUCUGAGGAAGACAAGGUGCUGCCCUCAGUGCUGCAGAAAGCAGAGGUGUCUCUACUGAGCCAGACGGAGUGUAAGAAGCGAUACGGCCUCAUCUCUCCACGCAUGCUGUGUGCUGGAGUCCCCUCAGGAGCACGGGAUGCCUGCAGGGGAGAUUCAGGUGGUCCUUUGUCCUGUCAGGCACCAGGCGGGGGUCGCUGGUUCCUAAUUGGGAUUGUCAGCUGGGGGUCCGGUUGCGGCAGACCAAACCUACCCGGGGUCUACACCAGGGUCACCAAGUUCACCUCUUGGGUCAAUAGCCAUAUCAGUAUAAUGACAUAAUGAAAU